CCUUAAACCUCUGAGAUGAAAAUCCCCCGUACGACUCAGCGAUGAAUCUGUCUCGCCCUCUUUGGGCUCCCACGCGGCUGCUUUGCUUCAUCAGAACUGCAACGUACUCCUCCGCCGCUGUUACUACUCCGGCCACCGCCUCAAACUCCAGUUUUCCCCUCAAGAAUGUGACCAAGUCGAACUUCGAAGCUGUGCUAUCGGAACUUCGGAGCCAUGUCCGAGCUGCGGACUUCGUUGCCAUCGACCUUGAAAUGACCGGCAUCACUAGCGCGCCUUGGCGCGAAUCGUUCGAGUUUGAUCGCUUUGAUGUUCGCUACCUCAAGGUCAAGGACUCUGCUGAGAAGUUCGCCGUUGUUCAAUUCGGCGUCUGCCCGUUCCGUUGGGACUCUGCCAAAAACUCAUUCGUCGCUCAUCCGCAUAACUUUUUUGUUUUCCCGCGCCAUGAAAUCCUAGUCGAUGGCCCUUCUUCCGAGUUCCUCUGUCAGACAACCUCCAUCGAAUUCUUGGCUAAAUACCAGUUUGAUUUCAACGCUUGUAUACAUGAAGGAAUAUCUUAUUUGUCCAGAGCACAUGAAGAUGCGGCACGCAAACGCCUGAAUUUUGCACAUGGGGAUGAAACGUCAGAUGCAUCUUCUAAUGUGACUAAUAUUCGGGAUCAGAAGAGGAUCGGCAUUGCUGAUGUUUUAUUCAAGGAAAGAAUGAAAAACAGAUUACAUGAAUGGCGGGACAGAUUACUAUCUGAAAGAAACAUGGAGUGUCAAGGCCAGGAAGGUUCAAAUGAUUACCAACGACAAUUUGAAACCAUUUUCUUCAAGAUGCGCCCCGCUCUUACUUUGAGCGAUUUCACCUCUCAUCAGACAAAACUGAUUCAGCUGGUCAUUAAGAAGCAUUUUGAAGAUCUUUGUUUCGUUGUCGUGGAUGAUGGCGAUGCCAAUCUACAACAAUUAGUCGUGUACGUGGAUUCUAGAGACGAUAAAGAGCUGCUCAUGCAAGAGGUAAACAGCGAUCGGCAGGAAGCAGCUGAAAUGAAGAUCCAAUCAGCAAUUGGGUUUCGUCAUGUUAUCGAUCUCCUUUCAUCGGAGAAGAAGUUGAUUAUCGGUCAUAAUUGCUUCCUUGAUAUUGCCCACAUACACAAAAAGUUUAUAGGUUCUCUUCCUUCAACUGCUGAAGAAUUUGUCUCUUCUAUUGGAAAACACUUUCCAUUCAUCAUGGACACCAAAAUUCUAUUAAACGGAAAUGGCAUUCUUCAGCAGCGGAUGAAGAAGUCCAGCACAUCUCUAUCCUCUGCAUUUGCCUUAUUAUGCCCGCAUAUUGCCUUUAGCUCUCAGAGCAAUCCUGCCUUCAGCUCUGGUGUGCAAGUGGAGGUUCAAGUAGAUGAUCUAAGUUCCUCCAACUGGAAUUCUGGAGAUAAGCAUGAAGCUGGGUACGAUGCUUUUAUGACAGGAUGUGUAUUUGCACAAGCGUGCAAUCUUAUGGGAAUUGAUUUUGUACUUCCUUCUGAAAAUUUGGCUGACAAUGAGAAAUUGCAGAAGCACAUAAACCAUCUGUAUUUGAGUUGGGCGAGUGGAGAUAUUAUCGAUCUGAGCACUGGUAAUCGAAUGACCGAGCCUUUGAGGUCUAAUAGAUCUAAAAAGCAUCAAGCAAAAAUAUCGUUCGAGAACAUUGUUCUAAUAUGGGGAUUUCCUGCCAACCUUAAUGCAAGGAAAAUCAAAGAGUGCAUCUCUAAAGUGUUCGGCCUGGCAAAUAUCGUUAGUGUCUACCAUAUAGAUGAAAGUGCUGUGUUUGUGCAGUUUGCAAAGCCAGAAAUGGUUUCCGAAUUUCUCGACCUAAAGAAAAACUUGGAGCGGCACGAUGAUCCAAUAUCAGUUUUGCAUCCUCUCACUGAGCUUUUUGGAGCUAAAGGUACUAAUGCUGCAGGCUAUGAAGCAUACAAGGAAAUUUGCAGCUCUCCCAUGUUUAAAGUCUUGUUUGCUGAUCAGGCAGAGGCCGUUGGGAUUAAUCAGAAGACGACGUCGAUAAAACCCGAGUCUGUAAAGAGCCAGAUGCACGAAGCUGCCAACAACAGUUUAACUGCUGAUAUGUUGAAUGAAACUACUGAAGUACAGGGGAUGGAAGUGGGAGCAAAUGAUCUUAGAAACACUAACUACCAUAUUUUACGAUCUUCUUCGAUGUAAACUCACUCCGAACACCGAAAAUGUACUAUAUAUUUCUGUUUUUUGCAAAUUGGUAUUGUUCAUUCCAUAUUUUUGGAGAAUGCUGCAACAGUUAUGAGUUAAGGAAAUGAAAGCCAAGUUAUGGCA